UCCGCCAUAUUCGUAGUGUCAGACGGAGUGCAGUGCACGGCUGUGACAUGUUUUAUCGUAAACUGCAUAAAACUUAUGACAACGACUGCACACUGGUGCUUGUUUAAAUUAGAAAAUAUCAUAAAUAUGAUAUCUGAUGUAGUCUCGAACGAAUCGCGCACUCAAACGAAUGAAAAACGUGAAACAAACUGUGUAUUUGUGUGUUUAUGAUAACAGCAUUAACAGUAAUCCGGUCGUGUUUUGUUUUUUUUCUGAAUUCCCAUGCAAUUGGUGAUGUGAAGCUUGGUGUUAUUAUGCAACGUCGCAUAACAGUGACCUUCGCGUAUCGUGACCGUGCUUAAAGGUGCUUUUUGAGGUUAAAAUGCAGCUUGGAUUACGAGUAUGAGCGAUUGCGCCGAGCCAUCAGAUUGGCGUGCCCCGAUGGCGGAUGAAUCGGAGGCGUCUAGGAGGCGAGUGCCAGCGCCCCCGCCUCGUCAGUCCUCGCGGCCCCCCGAGCCGCGACCGCGGACCUACGCGCCGGGCCCCGCGCGGCCCUCCCUAGACCUACCGGCCCCCCCGCGUCUGAUCCGGCCCUCCGAACACCUGGCCAUAGUAGAGCGGGCCAUGGAGCGCAGGCCCCCGCCGCUAGUGCCGACGAUAACGGUGGUGCAGGGCCCCAGGCCGGCCCUGCCGCCGCCGCCGCCGGUGCACAGGCCCGUCCUGCCGCCCCCGAUGAGAAUGCCGGCUCCAGUGCCUCACACAGUGAUGCGGCUGCCGCAGCCGAGGAGAGAUGUUCAGGUAUGUACAGCAACCGAUACGUCUUAUUAUUACAACGAGCCCAUCCGUCAUUGUCGUGCGACAAUGGAAACACACCAGAUGAGUAUGCAAAUUGUUUUUUUUCCCAAAGCGUCACGGCUGAUCCGCGCACAAUGACGUCGAGCGAAGAAAAGCCUUUUCAUAUGCAAACGCUGCAGUCUUGAGACUUGUUUGUUUUGUUCGAGCAUUGUUUG